AUGAAAGUACUUUUAAUUGGCUGUGGAUUGACUUCUACAAUAACUGCCUACUUGUUACGUACCCGUAUACCAAAUGUUCAUUUGACAUUAUGGGACAAAGCCAGAGGCCCCGGUGGCCGCACUUCAGUCCGUCGUGGUCCCAACGGUACAUUUGUUGACCUUGGUGCUCAAUUCAUUUCCACUGAUGCAUCAACAUUAUCAAAAUACUCUGAUAUAUACGAACCAUUAAUUUCCACAAAAACGUUAACACCUAUGAAUUGCAAAAUCAAAGGGAUAGCAGAUUCUCACCACAAGCAACACUUUAUUGCACCAAACGGUGCUAACUCAUUAGUAAAAUAUUUUUUGAACUAUGCUAAUAUAGAUUGUACCAAAUUUGAAAGGAGAGUUUGUGCAAUUACACCUACAGGUAAAGUGACAUGUAUUUGUGGAAAUGAAGAAUCGUUUGAUUUAAUAGUUAUAACAGCACCAGCACCACAAAUUCUUCAAAUGGAUUGCCCAAUGUCUCAAUCGGUUCGCAGUGAACUUGAAAAAGUUAUUUACAGUGCACGUUAUACGUAUAAUAUGUUUUAUGAAAAGCCUGUACUAGAAAUAGAAUGGGACGUACAAUUUAUGGACGAUGAAACAUUCAGAUAUGUUUCUAUAGAAAAUAGAAAACGAGAACAAUAUAAUUCACCAGAUUGUGUUGUUUUCCAUACAACCAAGGAAUUUGGACAAAAACAUAUAAAAGGAACCACUGAGAGUAUGUUUCAAAUAUUAAACGAUAAAGUAAACAAAUUAUUUCCUGACUGGCCAUUACCUGCAUCAAGCAAUGUUCAUAAAUGGUUGUAUUCACAAGUCACAACUCCUUAUAAUAACAAUCCUGGAUGUAUCUUACUAAAUGAAUCCAUUCCAAUUUUAGCUGGUGGAGAUAGUUUCACCCAGUCAACAUUCAAUGGUUGUGUAGAAUCGGCAUUUAAAAUUUGUGAGACUGUAGAAAAUUUAAGGUCAUAA